CUAUUAUUGAUAAUAGAGCUGCUAUUAGUAUAAUUAUUCAACAAGCUGCCAAAGAAAUUGGAUUAGAAAUAGACACUUCUUCUAAUAGUUUAAUUUCAUUUGCACUUGAAAAACAAGUUAGAUCUCUAAGUGUUAUUAAGGAUAUUUCUGUAAUAAUUGCAAGAAUUACUAUUUCUAUUUCUAUAGAAGUUGUAUCAGUAACUACUUAUUCUCUUAUUUUGGAAAAUGAUUGGUCUCGCAAACAUAACCAGGCUAUAGAAGGACAACUCAUAGUCAGUAAAGUAGAUGAUAACUGGGAAGAAGAAUAUGAAGAUGAGAAAUUAAUCUCUCAUGAAGCCUAUACCUUAGAAGCAGAAUCUAAUAAUAUUAAAGAUUCAGGAUAG